AUGAUAGAUGAAUUUUAUACAAAGAUUGAAUGGAAGACUAUGGUAAAUAUAUUAAAUGAUAGUAAAUGUAAAGUUCAAAUGAAAUAUAGAUGUUAUGAACUAUUUGUUACGAAAUAUAUAUUUUUGACAAGUACUAGACCACCUGAAGAAGCAUAUAAUUUUAGUCAAAAUAAUGGAGAAGAUGAUUCGAAUAAACGUAAUUUUAGACAAUUUGCAAGAAGAUUGGAUUAUGUUAUUAAAUUUGAUGGAUGUUGGGAUGAUUAUAUAAAAAUAAGAACUAUGAGUAUUUCAUUUAUGACAACAGAUGUUGAAGGAGCAAAAUAUAUUGAUCAAAUAGUUGAAAGGGGUAAAAUGUUCACUAAAGAAAUAGAUAGUAAACAUUUUGAUGAGGAUGGUAAUGUUUAUUGGAGAAGAAGAUUUCCUGAUUAUAUGAAAAAAUAUUUACAUAAUUAUCCUAAAUGUAAAAAAUUAUAUGAAUAUUAUAAAGAAUCAGAAGAUUAUUGUAAUAGUUUAAAUAAAAGAAAAAUAGAUGAUAUAAAUAGUGAUAUAGAAAUGAAUGAAG